AUGUUUGAUGAGAACAGCGAAGGAUUAUAUGUUACCUCUGUAAAGAAAUGUAUUCCAUUCCCAACAGGUGGACCAUGUCCAGCAGAUCAAUGCUAUCAAAUCGAUUUGUACAGUUACUCAUCGAUGACCUGUAUGAAUUGCACUGCACUCACACCAACCAAUGCACCCAUCAAUAAAACAGAGAAUAUCGAAACAUCUGAGGAGAACGAGGAGGAAUACUCCGAACCAAAGUAUCGUGUUGAUCUUCCAGCAUUAAGAGAAGGAAUUAAGAUCAAUUAA